UAAAGGUACCUUUUCAUGCUGUCGCUCGACGCUCGUUUUCUGCGAUGUGAUGACGUCAUGUAAGUCGCUAGCGACGUGAAAUGUAGUUCGAUUUUUCCAACUACAAGCGAUAUUAGCGAGCGAUAAAGAUUUGAAUGGAUAUCGAAAUGUCUCGUGUUCAAACGUGUGGAUUAUGUGAAACCAUAUGUAAUGAGGACGAAGUACCCAGCCAUGAGUGUCUUCAAGGAUAUUCUAAUUUCAUUACAGAUGAUAAUUUGUACUUUUACCCUGUAUUAGACGAUGGAGAAACUAUUGUUAGAAGAAGCUUGACACAGGACGCUGAAACAAUAGCAUCUGUACCUUUUCAUGGUGAUAAUCAAGAGAAUAUUCGAUCCAUUAAUAAUAAUAGAAAUUCCAAUCAAAAGAGCGCAAAGGAAAAACUGUCACUUGAGGAGGAGGAGAUGCUAAUAUUAGAAGUCCAAUGCAGAGAACCACUAUGGAAUUUUAGAUUACCUCUCAUUCAAAGAAAUUGCAGAAUUACAAGAGCUUUGUGGGAAGAAGUUUCUCAAACUUUUAAUGGGAAAUUAAGCGCAGCUGGAUGUAAAAGCAAGUUCAAGAAUUUUCACGACACUUAUAGGAGACUUGUGAACGCUGAGAAACUACCAAGUGGAUCUGCUUCCAAAAGCAACAUGAGCAAAUGGAAACAUUAUAAAAGUAUGGAAUUCCUUCGAGAUAGUUGCUUACAGAAAAGUACGAUUUCUAAUAUUAACGAUGGAGACAGCAACAGUAUUAUCGAGAAUGAUAAUGAAUUAGAUUGCCAAGAUGCGAAUAUGUUAGAAGUUACUAAUAAUGAAGAUAGUCAAGAUACGAGUAUAUCAGACAGAGAUCAAGAUCAUGUAAGAAAGAGAAGGCGAGCAGAGUCACAAAACAGCUACUUAGAACGUAUAGCAGACGCUUUAUGCCAACCACCUCCUGACAUUGUUCUUCCACCACUCCCUCAAGAAGACCAUAUAGAUGCGUUCUUAAAACUGUUUGGUCAUAACUUAAGAAAGUUAUCGCCAGAAAAACAAAAUGAAUGGAUGCAACGAUAUUUAAAUAUGUCUUACGAAAUGUUAAAAGAAAACGGGCUUCUGAAUCACUCCUGCGUUGCCGCAAGUGAAGUUGGAAUAAUCCAACUUCACUUGCGGCAACGCGGGAGUGGUUAUUUGUGCACAUUUCAAAAUAAAAUUGAAACGAUGGCAGGAGUAAAUGUGGAGAUUCCAAAGAAAGUAUACACAUGCGGAUUAUGCGAAAUAAUUCUUGGGGACCUUGAGGAUGAAGAAACAUGGUCCCAUGAAUGUUUUGCAAAUUAUUCAGAGAUUGUUUUUGAUGUGAAUAGCUUGUAUUUAUAUCCCAAAUGUGAAGAUGGAAGCAUUGUGCGCCGAAGUGCGAUUAAUGGAGCAGAGCAGAUUGUAAUAGAAUCGCCUCUUCCGACACAAGAGCCGUGCCCAGUGGAAAACCUGGAAGAACUUAUCAUUACAGAAGUGUCGGCACGAGAACUGUUAUGGAAUCAAAAACUGAGUAUAACAAAACGUGACAGGCAAACUGUACAACAACUUUGGAAGCAAGUGGCUAAUGCGACGAAUGGCGAAUGUUCUGUCGAUGAGGUAAAAAAAAAAUGGAAGAACUUAAGGGAUCGUUACAUGAAAAUAAUCUCUCUUGAAAAGUUGCCAAGUGGAUCAGGAAGUAAACCAUCUCGCAGAAAGUGGCAACAUUACGAAUUGUUGUCUUUCUUACGUGACACUUCUUUGGAAAAAGAGACAGUUUCAAAUAUGAUGAGUCGUGAGGAAGACACUAGCAAUGAUGACACGGAAAUCCAAAGUGUGGACGUCGUAGAAGUCAACGGUGCGAUUGAUGCAUCAAAAAGUAUUUCGUUCAUAAGCUGUACGGGAAUGAAAAGAAAACGAAAAAGUACUGAGCGCGAAGAAGACUUGAUGAAGCAGAUAGCAGAGGCCUUGCAGACUCCACGACCACCUUUGCCAACUCCUCCUGUUCUUGACGAAGUUGACAAUUUUACUUCGAUGAUUGCCUGCCAGCUACGAGAGUUGUCAUCAGUCCGCAGACGCGCAAUAAUGUUGAAAAUUCACGAGCUCUUACGUGCUGAAUUAUUGCGUAACGACAAUUCGGCAACAACAAUAAUAUAACGUAAAAUAUAAUAAUAUGAAUAAUAUAUGUAUACGUAUAGUAAUAAAACGAGACUGAUUUUGUUAGUGCAAUAAAGCCGAAGCGUAUUUA